GACAUCAUGUUGCUAUAGCUGUUGGUCAAUCACGGUAAUCCAUGUCAUAACUACUUUUUGCUUAUAGAUCAUGGCAAUCUAUGAAACCCGAGGUCCGAAUGCGUCCCCUCACAGCUCAUGCUAUAUCUAACUUCACUUAUAUAAAUGUCUUAUCUCUUAAUAUUCCAAUCAUAUCCAUCUUUGGAUUCACUUAUAUAAAUGUCUUAUCUCUUAAUAUUCCAAUCAUAUCCAUCUCAUUGGUACUGUACGGUCUAAACAUUCCUCAAUCACACCAUGGCCUCAUCUUCUUCCUCUCCCGCCGCUGAUCUCCACGACAACCUCUCUCGAGUUAAGCGCUCUUCACCCAUUGGCACCACUCUCUUCGCCGGCAUUCGCACCGCCGAUAUCUUCAUACAAUAUGGCCUCGUAGCAUACGGCCUCGCCGCGCCCAGCCUCCGCGCCAUUGGCGUCUCCGCCCUCCCCCCUUUCCUCCCCGGCGCCUUCUCCCUCCCAAAUCUCGCCAACUUCGCCGCUCUCCCUCUCCAAGCCCGCAUAAUCAUCGGCCUCGCAACCGCCAGCAGCAUCAAGCACGUCUACUGGCUCUUCCGCAUCGGCGAGACUGAGAUGCGCCCCGCCGAGGGUAUCGUAAUCGGGUUCUUCAACACCUUCUUCAACUCCCUCAACUCGAUCUUCUGGUCCAUCGCCCCCCUCGCCCCUCUCCUCCCCACCGCUGCCUCCUCCUUCCUCACGGGCUUCGGCAUCAUCUCCCCCGCGCCCCGCGACCUGAGCUCCCUUACCCCAACCUUCAUCAUCGGGACAGCUAUGGCCAUCGGCGGCCUCCUCCUCGAAACCACCUCCGAGAUCCAGCGCAGAAACUUCAAGGCCCGCCCGGAGAACAAGGGGAAACCAUUCACCGGCGGCCUCUUCGGUGUCGCGCGACACAUCAAUUACGGCGCAUACUGCAUCUGGCGAUCUGGGUAUGCGAUGGCGGCUGCGGGGCCCAUUUUGGGCGGGCUGGUGUUCUGGUUCUUCUACCACGAUUUUACGAGAAGGGGCAUUCCCGUGCUAGACCGUUAUUGUGCGGAUCGGUAUGGCGAGGACUGGCAGCAGUAUCGCAAGAAAGUGCGAUCAUCUUUGCUUCCAGGGAUUUGAGGGGUGGGUGCGGUUGUUGGGGAUGCCUCCGUGGGUGUAGGAUUCGUGUUAGCAGUGCUAGUGAUGCGCGGAAAAAGGCUUCAAUGGACAGAUAACACUUAAUGUAUGCUUGGUCUCGGCGCGAAGGCUGGCGAUUUGACGAUGGAAUAUGACUUGGG